GCCAUUUAAGGCGGAUUUAGGCAGCAGGAUGGAGUCAUGCAGGAUGAAGCCAGAACCCAAAAAGAAGGUCAAACCACCUAAACUGCCUCCUAAGCCUUCUGAGACUCAAAGAAACACAACAGAGAAUUUGGAUAAACCCACUCCUGUUUUGCCGCCGCGACCUACACACUCUGAACUGAGCCAAACACAAUACCGUAUGAAAAGAAUAGCAACAGACAAAGAGGUUGAUAAAAAUAUCAUACAAAGUGAGAGGAAGGAGAAAAAGCCAGAAACUCCUGUGCCACUGCCUAGAUUGGCAGAGAAGGAGGGGAACCGUCCCACCCGCCUAAGCCAUCGCCAUAGCGAGUCCUCCGACGACAAGAAAAACUCAGGUGGACUCGCCCAAUCAAAUAUCUCCAAAGAUGUGCAAGACAGCAAGGAGAGUCAUCAUUCGGGCCUGACGGGAAUGUUUCGACAAAGCCAGAAAAACAAACAGCCAACAUUUGUGAGUCAUGUGACUGAAGACCAGGACAGAGGUGACGACACAGUGACCAAACAGGUUCCUGCCAGCAAACCGGGUGUCCUGAAGGGAAUGAUGAAGCACCUCAAGUCUACACCAAAGGCUGGUAGUGGAGGAGAAGGAGGCGAGGUCGUUCCUGAUCCUAAUAAGAAUGAGGCGACAUCAGAGAAGAAACAGUCUGCUGACAAAGCCAAACAAGAAAAAAGUGCAGAAGCAAAACAAGACUUUGGUGGUCGUCUAGCUGGAAUGUUCAAGAAGCCUCCAGCAGUAACGGUCCAACAAAUGGACAGCGAGUCCGAGGAAGAAGACGAGAAAACGUCGGAACAAUCUCAUGAAAAAGGAGGUUUCUUUGCUGGCUUCCUUAAAAAGUCCAACAAAGCAGCAGAUGAAGCUCCAGCCCAGGAGACUUCGGGUGUCGAUUCGGAGUCAUUAUCCAGCAAUGACAGUUGCAGCGAGAAUACAGACAAAAAAAAGGGAAGACUUUUCAAGAAAAAAUAUGCAGAUGAGGAUCAGGUGCCUCUAAGCGGUGAUCUGUCGGACAGCAGUGACAAUCUGUCUGAGACCUCCAAGGGCGCAUCUGAGGAAAAAGGAGGCUUUUUCAGCGCCAUCCUGGGAAAAAAGUCACCCAAGCUUCCCAAAGAGGCCACGCCUGAGCAGGAGAAAGGAGGAGCGUUUGGCGCCAUGUUCAAAAAGUCAACCCGAAUGACUGAUGUCCCAAACACUGAGGAUCCACAAGACGACAAGCACUCUGCAAAUGAAGACGGAGGCUCAGAGGAAAAUUCCAAGGAAAAGAGUGGAAUAUUUGGGGGAAUAUUCAAAAAGGCUACCAAAUCCGCUCAGCUUGAUGAGGAUGAGACUCUGCGGGAUAAAAAGCUGUCAGCCAGCAGUGAGAAUUUAUCUGAGGGCAAAGCGGACAAAGACCGAGGUCUGUUCGGGGGCUUCCUCAAAAAGACACCCAAGGAAAGAGGAGAAAGGGCAGACUCACUGGAUGGGGAAGAGGACAAGGAGCCCACGGCGGUGGGUAGUGAUGAUCUGGUCGAGAGGAACGUCACCAAGGACAAAAACAUUUUCAGCAACAUGUUCAAGAAGCCCCAGAAGCCAACAGAGGGUGCUGAAGCAGACCUGAACAGUGAAACUCAGAAAUUUGGGAGCUCUGAGAAUUUGUCGGAACCUGUCUCGAAGGGUAAAAAAGGAGGCUUUGCGGGCAUUUUCAAAAGAUCAGGCAGCAUUGACAACCUGCUCGAUGAGGAAAAAGGCGCACUCUUCAGUGGACUCAAGAAAACGCCAAAAGCAUCUAUAAAUGAUGAGGCUGCAGGGGAGAAGAAGUCGUCCAGUAUAGACAAUCUAUCUGAAACCACCAACACCAAGGAAAAAAGCAUUUUCAGUGGCAUGUUCAAGAAAUCUCCAAAAGCAGCCGAAGAGGGUGCAGCUGAUGAGGAGGCGAACUGUGAAGAUAAGGAGUUAUCAGCCAGCAAUGAAAACCUGAUGGAAGAAAACGCACCAAAGGAAAAGAGUGGAGGUUUUGCUGGAAUCUUCAAAAAGUCGCCUAAACCAGCGCCGCGCUCCGUCACCACCAAGGAUCCUCUCAGUGACACCAAGGAGACGUCCGACAACCUCGCAGGUGACAUGUCAGGAGAUGAACUAUCAGACAGUAAUGACAAUCUUUUAGAAGCUGGAACCACAAUAAAGGAGAAAAAAGGAGGCUUUGCCGGGAUGUUCAAGUGGACUCCCAAAGCCGCUGGCAAACAGCAGGACAAUGAGGAGGCGGAACCACCAGUUGGAGGCGGGCUGAAACGCAGGAGGACCAUCCGGAAGAAGAGACGAGUGGUAUCGUUCCGAGUCAAGACAACCCUUCCCAGGAUACCCAAACUUAACGUGUCAUCACAGGCGGACAAAAAGAUGCCCAUCAUUGAGGAGAGCAUGGAGCUGCAGGAGAUGACCCCAGCAGAGGACAGCACAGUGGAGGUCCAGCAGGUGGAGAUGGCAGCGUUCCCAACUGAGGGCAACCCUCUUGAAUCAGAAGAGGAGAACGACGGCCUGUUGGACUGGUGGAAAAAUGUAGAAGGGUGGGCCGAGUGGAACGAGGCAGCCAAUUUCCAAGAUGAUGAGGACCAGAUGGCGAUGGAGGAGGCAGCUGACCGUGUUUACAUGGGCGCGCGUCUGUUUGUGCACCUCUUCAACCAGCGGGGGGCGUCCUUGCAGCAUUCCAUCCUGGAGCUUUUGGCUGUAGCCGACGCCGCCGACCAGUUUCACAAGAAGACUGUGUCAGCUGCAGUGGGAGGAGGCGUGGCCAGCGUGGCUGGCAGCCUGACAACCAUCACGGGACUCAUCCUGGCGCCGUUCACGUUCGGAGCCUCCAUCAUCGUCACAGCGGUGGGCAUCGGCGUGGCCACGGCAGGCAGCAUCACGUCGGCCACGGCCAACAUCACAGACACGGUUCACUCCAACAUGGACCGCAAGAAGGUGGAGAAGAUGAUCCAGGGCUACCAGGAGCAAAUCAAGGACAUCCGGGAAUGUUUGGAGUUUGUGCAGGAGGGUAUGGACACGCUGCAGGAGUGGGACUUUGAGAAGUACUCACAGAGCGCCAGUAAGAAGGCUCUGAACCACAACAUCAAGCACGUGAUGAAAGAAGGCGGCCGAGCCGGGAAAGCCCUCAUGAUCAACACGGACAAGCUCAUCAGCACCGUGCAAGUCCUGGGCGCGGCGGGCGGCGCUGCCAAAGCCGCCCAGGCCAUCAGCGUCACCACGGGGGUGAUGUCGGCACUCUUCCUGGCUCUUGACGUCUUCUUCCUCGCCAAGGAUUCCCACGAGCUCCGCAAAGGUGCCAAGACAAAAUUCGCUACCAAGAUCAGGGACGUGUGCAAAGACCUACAGGAUGGUCUCCUGGAGCUGAACAAGGUCAAGACGCAGCUGCAGAAGACCAUGGAUGGCAUUGAGGUGGAGGAAUAUGAGGAGAUUGAGGAGGUGGAAGAAGAAGUCGACGACGACUUGGAGUCAGAUCCCAAGAAGCUGGCCGAGCUGGAGCAGGAGCUGGACCUUAUGGAGGAGAAACUGGACAAGAAGAUUGAGGAGGAGAAGAAGAGUAAAGAUUGGGAGAAGGACAAGGAAACCAGAAGCACCAAGGGAAAGGAGGAGGAGGAGGAGGAGAAGAAGGAGGAGUCAGGAGAUAAGAAGAAGGAGGGGACAAAGAAGAAGGAUAAACAGGACAAAGAAACAGAGAACCGAAUAGCAGCUUGGAGAGAGAAGCAGGAAACAAGUUUGUUUAAAAAAACUGUUGACAAACCGCUAGAGAUCAAACCUCCUAGCAGAACUGAAGAUUCCAAAAGGAGCGCCAAUCCAGAAAGGGAACAAAGCCACAGGGAAGACAGAGGGUUGACUUCGAGUCCCACAAGACGACCAGACAGCGGUAGCACAAGGACGCAUGGGAGCGAGCGAGCAAAUCAGGAAAGUGGAUCUGCCAAAAACCAAGGCAACAUGAAGGACAGUCGAAAGAAGGCCGUUUGGGAAAGUGGAGUCAGUGACUGGAGGACGGAAACAGGAAGUACAGACAAAAUGAGAGGAAACCAAGACAGAAGGGACUCUUCGGAGAGGGAGCUGCAGGCGAUGAGGGAAGGGCACGGAAAAAGCGACGCUCGGAGGGAGUCGCAUCGGAGCCUCAAAACCAGCGGGAGCGAACACAUGGAUGAGAGGAUAUCUGGCAGCCGCAGGAGUCACCACGGGCGAGUGGAGGACAGUGGCGAGGAAAGACGAGGAAGUCGAAUCGAGAGCGCCCGGAGGAAGUUUGAGAGAGGGGAGGAGGAGGAGCAGCGAGGGAAGAGUCAAGAAGAGCGUCGGAGAAGAGGAAUUGACCGAGAGAGGGGAGGAAGUGAACGAAGUCACCGAGGGUCUCGCCAUCAUUCCAGCGUCCUGCUUGAUGAUGGACUCUACAUUUAGAUUAGAAGCUGUUUACACUGCUUGUCUCAUACCUUGAUUGGUCCUGUUCUCAUUAGAAUUUAGUAACAUUUUAGACAAAAAGUCACACUGGGAUAAGUAAAAACUGACAUUUUGGGUGUUAGUUGAAAAUGUGUCAGUGUGCGCUCAUAACUUUUUUUUUUUGUACAAUUUCCUACAAAAUUCUCGUGAGGGUACGCUGGCCAAUAAUGAAAGAUUGGAAAUAUUAAGAAGAUCAAACAGGAUCAUUUUAUAUCAUAGUGCAAUAUAUGAACUCCUGAGGCCGUCAAACCUCAAUAAUUGUGCGCACACAGAAUUGUGCAUUUUUAAACUCAUCAUCCUCAAAAUGCCAUCAAUAAAAUGCACAUGUGUUUGUUGUCCAUAACGUACGUGCCUGCCCAUUCCAUAACCCCACUGCCAGCAUGGGCCACCCCAUCCACAACACAGGUGCAUUUUACUGUAUUGAUGGUAUUUUGAAUGCACAGAGAGACUGAGGCCCAUUGUUGUGUCAUCCAUCCACAAGCAUCACCUCAUGUUGCAAGGAUAUGUACACAAUGCCUGGAAACUGAAAACAUUGGGAUGCUCUGAAUCGGCAUGUAUGGUAUUUGAGGCAAAUCGUGGUCACAUCAGAUACUAACUGGUUUUCAGACCCCUCCGGCCCACCCACAAUACAGUUAAACUGCAAGUUUUUGAGUGGCCUUUUAUUGUGGCCAAAAUACGGCACACCUGUGCAAUAAUCAUGCUGUCUAAUCAGCAUCUGUAUAUGCCACACCUGUGAGGUACCUGAAUGAUGAACGCUCACAACAAAGAUUUAGACAGAUAUGUGAACAAUAUUUGAGAAAGGUGUACAUAAGGUGUUUUUGUGUACAUAAAACAGAUACACAUCUUUGACUUCAGCUCAUGAGAAUGGGAGCAAAAACAAAAGUGUUGCGUUUAUAUUUUUGAGUGUGAAAACAAUCCCCUAGAGCAGUGGUUCCCAAACUUUUCACAGCCAAAUGGACAUAUGAGCACAUAUAGCAUGAGACUAUGCACCAAGCAAAAAUGCAUAGCAGCACAGAGCUAGCAUUACAAACAAACAAAUGACAGGCUCAUACAGCUCAGAAAACGCACUAAAACACCACGUGAGAAGACGGUGUCAAACUGACUUAUUUGUUCAUCUAAAGCACACACAACAUGUAUGAUAAUGUAAAUGAUUAAAUUUGAUUGUCAUUAAAUGAUCAAACAUUUGAGGUCCACAGGAGAGGUUCUGGGCAACAUCUAGGUCUGCUUUUGAUUUUUUGAGUUAUUGCCGAAGAAUAUUUUGUGAAAAGUUACAUAGUUUAAGAUAUUUAAUACAUUUCCUAUUUAGUGGUGCCUUGUAGGCCUAUUUGCUUCCAUGUAGUGCCGCACCUUCAUGGCUGCCAUUUUUAAAAUACCAGUCAAUGUUCUUUUAACUGGUGUUGGAUUUCAUACUAAAGAAAUAAAUUAUUACUUUACGUUCCUGUGUUGAUGGUCUUUACUUUUUAAUUUGAAUGUAUACUGCCAUGGACGCCGUAAAGGGGGGAAAAUUUAGGACGAUUCCAAGGGCCCAUGACUGACAAGGGCCCUAGUAAAUAAUUUUGCUAUCUGGUGGUGAUUUUUUUAAAUUU